AUGAACGGAAAUUUGCCGAUGAAUGUAAACGAUAUUGGAAUGGUGUAUGGAGCGGGUACAAUGUCUACGAUGCAAGGUGGCGACCAUACAGGUGGAUUUUUGGACCAGCUGCAAGACGGGAACAAUGACAUGUUAGGAAUGGAUGCCACUAGUUUUAAUCUUGAUAUUGCAUCAAAGGCGCAUAAUCGAAAUCGAGGCAAUUACCGCUGUAGUAAGUGCGGAGAGCCGAAGAAAGGGCAUGUGUGCCCGCUAGUACCGUCCAAUUAUAAGUGUACCCGAUGCGGUCUUGCAAAGAAAUCGUGCACUUGCUCUGCUCCAACAACGCGUUCAAUUGGCGUGCAGGUUGAAAUGGAUCUCAAUAUGACCACACGAGUAUUAGACUUCAGUGUGCAGGGUGUUAUGGACUUUCAUACAACAAUCGAAGGCUACAACAAUCCUCCAAAUUGCUCGUAA